AUGUCACUUUUCAAGAAAGAAGUCGAUCGAUUGACAAAUGCGGGUAUUUGGAAACCUGUGAAGUUUUCCCAAUGGGCUUCGCCUAUUGUACUAGCUCCAAAAGCUGAUGGUUCCAUAAGAAUUUGUGGGGAUUUUAAACAAGCAGUCAAUGCGCAAAUUGACAUUGAACAAUAUCCUUUGCCCAUACGCGAAAGUCUUUUCCAUAAAAUUAAUUGCGGUCAACAUUUUACAAAAAUCGACCUUAAGGAUGCGUAUUUACAAAUGGAACUCGACGAUGAAGCAAAAACAAUAAUGGUUGUCAACACUCCACUUGGGUUAUUCCAAUACCAACGUUUACCGUUUGGAAUUGCAAGCGCUCCAGCUAUAUUCCAAAGAUAUCUUGAGCAGUUACUUCAAGGCGUAGAAGGUUGCGGAAAUUAUCUCGAUGACAUCAUCAUCUCCGCACCUACAUUUCAACAACACAUCAGCCGCCUAGAACAAGUACUUCGUAUUUUGCAACAAAAUGGUAUAUUGCCAGAUGAGUCAGGACUAAAAGCAGUAAAAAACCUGCAGCCGCCUAAAGAUCUAAAGCAAGCAGAAGCAUUCAUGGGUAAGGUAAACUAUUACCAUAAUUUUAUACCUAAUUUUUCGCAAUUAUCCGCGCCAAUCAACAUGCUGCGCCGAAAAAAUGUAAAAUUCACAUGGGGUACAGCACAACAACAAGCAUUUACAGCUCUUAAAACGCAUAUUCUCAAUGCAGCGCAAUUAGCACAUUAUCAGGAAGAUUUACCGUUGGUUCUAGCUACAGAUGCCUCCUCCUAUGGCAUAGGAGUCGUGCUCUCGCAUACGUACGUUGACGGUACAGAAAGGCCUAUUGCUUUUGCAUCUAAAACUCUCGACAUUCAUCAACGACGAUAUAGUCAGAUAGAGAAGGAAGGGCUAGCUAUCGUUUUUGGAGUCAAGCGUUUCCAUCAAUAUUUAUACGGAAGAAGAUUCACCUUGGUUACUGACCACAAACCUCUUGUUAGCAUUUUUAAUCCAAUUCAUCAGUUGCCGUCGAUGACGUCACAUCGUUUACAGCGAUGGGCUAUUAUACUAAUGGCUUAUCAGUAUGAUGUUCGGUAUCGUAAAACUACUGAGCAUGGAAAUGCCGAUGCUUUAUCUCGUUUACCUGUUGGUGAAGACAAAACUUUUGAUCAUGAAGAAUCCUGUUUCAACAUCAAUGAACUUAACACACCUAUCGACGCUGAAAUAAUUCGUCAGCAUGCCAAAAAUGACCCAAUUCUUCGCCGAGUUUAUUUUCUCGUUACAAACGGUUGGCCUGAAAAGCUAAUGCCUCAAGAUACGGAGUACAACCGGGUUGUCAUUCCAGCCUCCCUUAAGCAGAAAAUUCUUAAACUUCUUCAUGAUGGUCAUUGGGGAGUAUCGAGAAUGAAACAGCUAGCUCGACAACAUGUCUGGUGGACUAAUAUUGACAAAGACAUCGCACAAUUAACUGAAAAUUGUGAUGUGUGCAAAAUUGCAAAUCCUGUUCACGCACGUGAAUACGUAAGCUGGCCUGAAGCUGAUCGACCUUGGGAGAGAGUACAUAUCGACUUUGCUGGUCCAUUUUGUAAUUCAAUGUGGCUAAUUUGUGUCGACGCUUUCUCGCAAUUUCCGUUCGUUGUACAACUAUCUACAACAACAACGGUUGACACCAUAUCAGCAUUGUCUUCUAUAUUUUCUCUGGAAGGUAUACCAGAAACCAUCGUAAGUGACAAUGGUCCGCAAUUUACAGCUGAAGCAUUCAAACAUUUUUGCUCAAAACUUGGCAUCAAACAUAUAACAACAGCGCCGUUUCAUCCAGCCUCAAACGGGUUAGCCGAACGAUUCGUCAGAUCUUUUAAAACUGCUGUUCAGAAAAACAUUGACGAUGGAUUGUCUCUCAAAUUCGCUGUAUCAAAAUAUCUUGCAACAUAUCGUGCAAUGCCGAAUGCUGAGGGUAAAUCACCUGCAGAACUUUUACAUGGAAGGCCUGUUCGUACCUUGUUGAGUCAACUGUUUGAAUCGCCUAGAAAGCACCUUGAAGCUUCGAAACGGAAAAUGAAAUUCAGUCUAAAGCAACCCGUCUUCGCUCGAAACUACGCAAGAGGGGAAAAAUGGAUAAAAGGAGUUAUUGUGAAACAACUUGGUAAAAUGGUUUACAGAGUGAACACAUCUUUUGGUUACAUCAAACGUCAUGUUAAUCAGCUUAAAACUAGAAGUAGCUCUGACCUCUCUUCACAACCAAUUUUUGAAUUCGCUCCAAAUUUCAUCAAUGCCACACCGCCUUCAUCUAGCCAAUCAACAUUAAUGCCUAGUGAAGAACGUUCUACCGAAGUAGUUCAACUUCGAAAAAGUGGUCGUAUUCGGAAGGAUCAAAAUUGGAUAUCAAAUACAAUAUUUGUUGAUAGUAUCAAAUGUAAUGAGUACAACAAAAGUCUUGGUUAUUUUGCUUACUGUGAUUUGAAGCCGGCCCAUUUCACUAUGUGGAAGAAAGCCAAUGGUUACAAACCUUUUGUGAUUAAUAUAACAUUGGACGCUUGUAAGUAUUUGGGUGGUAAACGUAAUCCAACUGCAGAUGUGUUUUAUGAUAUAUGGAAGUCUUAUACAAAUAUUAAUCACAGUUGUCCAUAUACGAGUGAGAUGAUUGUCGAGAAAGUACCACUUUAUGGUUUCAAAGCUCCUUCUGCAUUUCCUGAAGGAAAUUACCGUGUUGAUUUUGACAUUGAAGCAUAUGGUAAACAUUUUGCCGGCGUACAAUUCUUUUUUUCCAUAAAAUAA